AUGAGUGGAGGACGUGGCUCACUGGAGGAGAUGAGGGAGGACGUGGGCUCACUGGAGGGAGAUGAGCUGAGGACGGGCUCACUGGAAGGAGAUGAGGGAGGACCUGAGGACGUGGGCUCACUGGAGGAAGACGAGUGGAGGACAACGGCUCACUGGAGGAAGACGAGUGGAGGACAACGGCUCACUGGAGGAAGACGACUGGAGGACGACGGCUCACUGGAGGAAGACGAGGAGGACAACGGCUCACUGGAGGAAGACGAGUGGAGGACAACGGUCACUGGAGGAAGACGAGUGGAGGACAACGGCUCACUGGAGGAAGACGAGUGGAGGCAACGGCUCACUGGAGGAAGACGAGUGGAGGACAACGGCUCACUGGAGGAAGACGAGGGGGACGACGGCUCACUGAGGAAGACAAGUGGAGGACGACGGCUCACUGGAGGAAGACAAGUGGAGGACGACGGCUCACUGGAGGAAGACGGUGGAGACAACGGCUCACUGGAGGAAGACGAGGGAGGACAACGGCUCACUGGAGGAAGACGAGUGGAGGACAACGGCUCACUGGAGGAAGACGAGUGGAGGACAACGGCUCACUGGAGGAAGACAAGUGGAGGACGACGGCUCACUGGAGGAAGACAAGUGGAGGACAACGGCUCACUGGAGGAAGACGAGGAGGACAACGGCUCACUGGAGGAAGACGAGAGGAGGACAACGGUCACUGGAGGAAGACGAGUGGAGGACAACGCUCACUGGAGGAAGACGAGUGGAGGACAACGGCUCACUGGAGGAAGACGAGUGGAGGACGACGGCUCACUGGAGGAAGACGAGUGA